AUAUUAUUUCAUUUUUAUUGACAUAUAAUAAUGUCAUCAUUAGAUUUGUUGCGAAACAAUUACGUUAGAAGACACGUAUGAAACUGGAAGAGAAAUUUUAUUGUCAAUCACAAUCAACCAUGAUAAUAUCACCAAUUUCUUUGCAGAAAUUGAUAAAGAAUAUAAUCAUUUAUCAAAUAUAUAUAAUGAUCAAAAUGAUAAAAAUAUCGACAACUUUAUUAAACUAUCAAAAGAACAAACUGUCUUAGAAGUGAAUAUUCUAGCACAUAAUCUCAAUAAAUUUAGUCUCGAUGAACAAUUAAAAUAUGAAAAUUUCAUACGAACGUAUACCAACACAUUCAAUGGAAAAAUGCCAAUAGUUGAUCAUUGUUUUAAAAACAACAACUCAUCAAACAAAAUUUUGAGAUGUAUUGAUCAAUAUCAAAGCUCAAAAAAUAUCACUCAUGAAAAAGACCAUGAAUCUUAUGCAAAAAUUAGAAAUUUAUUCGAUGCAUAUAAUUUUUUACUUAUUCCAAAAAUAAAAGAACAUAAAAAAAAAUUUAUAGCAGCUACCAAUGAAAUAAUAUCGAUUGCAAAAAAUAAAAAUAAUGAAUUCAUCCAGAGAAAAUUAAGCAUAAGUACUCCAUCAUCAAAUCAGAAUAAUCAAAAUGUGGUGCUUACAAUUUCUGGAACUCGAGUUAAUAAUACAUUAAAAAAUUUAUAUGUCAAUCAAAAAAAAUGGUUAAAUACAGCCAAUUUAAUAAACUGGAUGGUUAUACAAGUACUGAGUUCGAAUGAGACAUUAAAUCACAUUUCGAAGAUGAAUCAUAUCAAUGAUAAUGAUAAAAAAAAUGUUCAAUGUUGUUUUGAUCAUUCAAAAGUUCAAUUGGAUAAGGCAAGAAUCAUUGCUGUGAACUGCAGUAACAAGUGUAUUGAUGACGAAAUGUUGAAUUUAAAUAAUCUGAUAUUUUCAGAGAAUAAAGAGCAAGAGGCAGUUUUUUUUACAUGCUUUUAUAACAAUGCUCGACCUGAAGAUAUAUUUGUAUGCAUGGGAUUACUGCAGACAUCUAAUUAUGCACCAAGAACUUUGAAAUUGAGCUACAACAAUGCUGUGGAUAAAUUCAUUAAAAAUCAACAAUUUUUAUCAGAUAAAGUUCUCGAUUGUUCGUAUAAAUCGAGAGAUGAUUUUAAACAACAUUUAAAACAUUUAAAUAAUCAAUUUGAUAUGUGUACUCAAAAUCAAAAGUCAUCAGAAAAGUGUAUUAUCGAAUGAUGAUUUUAAACAAAUAAUUGUACAAGCAAAUACUCUAAAAAUAUCGUUCACCUAUUAAUCAUUCAUCAAUAAUUUAUUGAUUAACUAGAUUGUUGAAAUUAUAAUAGAAACAAUAAGAUAAAUUUUUUUUUUCCAAAGCUAAUUAAAGCUUUUAAUUUCUAUAUUAGAAUUUUAUCUGUUUAAAAAUUUGUUUUGUUGUUGAAAAUUUUAUUUUGAAUCUUUUGUAUACUCCAAUCAAGUAUAAUUAUCUAAAUGAAUUUGUUUUUAAUAAUUGUAUAAUUAUGUUAUUCUUUUAAACUAAUUCAAUUUUUUUUUUUUACUAUUAAUUUAUCAAUUAUUAUAAUUUUGGAGAAAAAAAAACGAUUUUUUAAAAAUUU